CCACUUCCUACUUCUUCUUGGCAGUAGUAGAAUACACGUUUCUUUCUUCCUCAUUUCCGUUUAGGGCUGGCGUCUUUAAGGCUUUACGCCUUUAAUCCUUAAAACCUUGUCAAACAUAGCAUACCUGUCUCUUCUCUCCUUCACCCACGCUCAAGCUCAACAUCAUCAUGUCUACUUGUUCUUCUUCCUCAGCCAGACCUUUGAAAAUUGGCAUAAUUGGAUUCGGCAAUUUCGCGCAGUUCCUGUCAAAAACCAUGAUAAAACAGGGUCAUUCCUUGAGAGCAACCUCAAGAUCAGAUCAUUCUCAACUUUGCAAACAACUUGGCAUUCCAUUUUACAGGGAUAUGAGUGCAUUUCUUGAAUCAGACAAUGAAGUUGUAUUGAUAUGCACAUCAAUCCUGUCUCUAUCACAAGUAGUGAAGCCAAUGCCAUUCAAUUCCCUGAAACGGCCUACGCUCUUUGUAGAUGUCCUCUCAGUAAAAGAAUUCCCCAGAGACCUCCUUCUGCAGGUACUUCCUGAGAACAUGGACUUGCUUUGUACUCACCCGAUGUUCGGCCCAGAAAGUGGGAAACAUGGUUGGCAAGAUCUGAGCUUUAUGUAUGACAGAGUUCGAAUAAGAGAUGAAGCUCUAUGCUACAGUUUCAUACAUAUCUUUUCUAGUGAGGGUUGCAGGAUGCUGGAAAUGAGUUGUGAGGAACAUGAUAAAUUGGCUGCUCGAACUCAAUUUCUAACUCACACAAUUGGGAGGAUCCUAUCAGAAAUGGAUGUUGAGCCAACACCCCUGGACACAAAGGGAUUUCAGAAGCUCUUUGAGGUGAAGGAGAGCACUGUAAAAGACAGCUUUGAUCUGUUUAGCGGGCUGUUCAUUCAUAACAGGUUUGCCAGGCAGCAGAUGCAGAGUUUAGAAGAAGCCCUUGAGAAGACUAAAAGGAAGUUGCAAGAGAGGAUGGAGAGCAGCACAUGAGCAUUUCUUAACUGUGUUAAAGAAUCUAUAGUCAUGAAAAUUGACUUUCUUAAUGUCAUUGAAAUGCCACCAUAUGGGCAAAGACCAAUAUGUGACCCCAUAUUACUAUUUCCUUUAAAGUUUGAUUCUUUUAGCCCUCUUCUGACAAGCCAUUAAUCAUGAGAAUGACAUCCAUAUACUCUGGUUAGCUGAUAGUGUUUAUGCUUUUGGGGACAGACUGUAACUAGUAUACCUUGGAUUCACCUGUGUGAGUAUUUAGGGAUGGUAGAUGACCAUCUUGUCAAAUUGCAAAAAGAAAUGGAAUUGGCCAAUACUUUUUAAUCUCAUUA